CUAGCGUCAGCAUUCACGGUAAACUCGGUGAACAAGGUCCGGUUCAGACGCGACAACGCAGGCCUCUGCCGUUACACCGACAGGGUCGAAAUGGUUCGGGCUCAGUCCGGGUUUGUCGGAGUCUGAUCCGGGUCCGUGAUCCACAUGUUGAGACUCAUCCUCCGGAGGCCCCGGUCGGCCAGCGGGCCGCCGGUCCUCCUCUUCACCCGUUCAGCUCGCUCCUUCGGCGGGUGUCCUCCGGGACAGCCCGCCGCUCGGGUCCGGAGCACCUUCCUGGACUUCUUCCGGCAGGAACACGGACACCUGCUGGUCCCGUCCUCCCCUGUUCGGCCCAGAGGAGACCCCAGCCUGUUGUUUGUCAACGCUGGCAUGAACCAGUUUAAGCCCGUCUUCCUGGGGACGGUGGACCCUCGCAGUGAGAUGGCCUCCUACCGGAGAGUGGUCAACAGCCAGAAAUGUGUCCGAGCCGGAGGCAAACACAACGACCUGGACGACGUGGGCCGAGACGUCUACCACCACACCUUCUUCGAGAUGCUGGGAAACUGGUCGUUUGGAGACUACUUCAAGGAGGAGGCGUGUGCGAUGGCGUGGAGCCUCCUCACAGAGCAUUAUGGGAUACCUGCAGACAGACUGUAUGUGUCGUAUUUUGCCGGAGAAGCUGCAUCAGGUUUAGCAGCUGAUGAGGAGACGCGACAGAUCUGGUUAGACAUCGGGGUCGCCCCCGGUCGCCUCCUUCCGUUUGGCCUGAAGGAGAACUUCUGGGAGAUGGGGGACGCGGGCCCCUGUGGCCCCUGCACCGAGAUUCACUACGACCACAUUGGGGGACGAGACGCUGCGACGCUGGUCAACAGGGACAGUCCUGAUGUGGUGGAGAUCUGGAACCUGGUCUUCAUGCAGUACAACAGGGAGGUGGACCACAGUCUGCGGCUGCUGCCUCAGUUCAGUGUGGAUACUGGGAUGGGACUGGAGAGACUGGUGAGCGUCCUGCAGGGAAAAAGGUCAAACUACGACACGGACCUGUUCACGCCUCUGCUCCACGCCAUCCACCAGAAGUCGAAGGUGGAGCCGUACGGCAGCAGGACAGGCGCAGCAGACCAGGGAAAGGUGGACGUGGCGUACAGGGUGGUGGCCGACCACAUCCGCACUUUAUCGGUCUGCAUCGCUGACGGAGUUCAUCCGGGCAUGUCGGGAGCCGAGCUGGUGCUGAGGAGGAUUUUGCGGCGGGCUGUGCGUUUCUGUGUCGAGGUACUUCAGGCUCCUCAGGGAGCGCUGGCCAGCCUGGUUCCUACUGUCACCCACAUCCUGGGCGACGUGUAUCCGGAGCUGCGCAGGGAGGCAGAGCGGAUCAUGGACGUCAUCAACGAGAACGAGGCUCACUUCCUGUCGUCUCUGCAGCAUGGCGGCAGGCUGAUCCACCGCACGCUCAGCAGAAUGGACAAACAUGGAGUCUUCCCCGCCUCUGUGGCCUGGUCUCUGCACAGGGACCUGGGUUUUCCUCUGGACCUGGUGGACUUGAUACUGGAGGAGAGAGGAGUCCAGGUGGACCGUCAGGAGCUGGACCGACUGAUCGCAGAGAACCACAAGGUGGCGUCCGACCUGAAGUCAGGUGUUCAGUCUCAGGUGAUGUUGGACGUCCUCAGCCUGGCAGAGCUGCAGCGUCGGGGGGUUCCUCACACUGACGACAGCCUCAAAUACCAGUACAGACUGGACCAGGGCCGAUACGUCUUCCCAGCAUGCUGUGCGACAGUUCUCGCUCUGUAUGAUGGUGAGGCCCUGGUGUCAGAGGUCACUGAGGGUCAGCGCUGUGGGGUCAUCCUGGAUCAGACCUGUUUCUACUCUGAGCAGGGGGGGCAGUCACAUGACCAGGGCUACCUCACCCAAGACGGACUGCAGGACGUGCUGUACCCUGUGGAGGACGUGGUCCUGGCAGGGGGGUAUGUCGUCCAUCAGGUGACUGCGGCCGACAGUCUGAGGACCGGUGACCAGGUGCAGCUACACCUGGACCAGGUCCACAGAUUGUCUUGUAUGGUGAAACACACAGCAACUCACAUCCUGAACUUUGGCCUGAGGACAGUCCUGGGUCCUUCAGUUCAGCAGAGAGGAUCUCAUGUAUCAGCUGACCGCCUCCGCUUCGACUUCAGUGUCAGGACGUCUCUGAGCGUCUCUCAGCUGCAGCAGGUAGAAAGGUGUGUUAACGACAUCAUCUCAGCCAAUCACAUCGUCCACAGCCAGGAGCUUCCUCUGCAGACAGCCAGGAGCAUCAGAGGACUGAGGACAGUGGACGAGGUGUAUCCUGACCCUGUCCGGGUGGUGUCUGUGGCGGUCCCGGUCUCUGAGCUGCUGGACAAUGAGACAGACAGGCAGACGUCCGUGGAGCUCUGCUGUGGAACGCACCUGCUUCAGACGGGAGCUGUAGAGGACCUGGUGAUCGUCUCUGAGAGACAGCUUGUGAAAGGGAUCAGCCGGAUCGUCGCAGUGACGGGACCGGAGGCAGCACGGGCUCGGGACGCGGGACAGGCUUUGUCUCAGGACGUGGACUCUCUGUCAGCCAGACUGACAGACUCCAGCCCCUCCGGUCUUGAGUCCGCUCAGUGUUUUGCCAAGGAGGUCGGAGUCCUUUCUGAUGCUGUGGAUAACACCCCCAUCCCUCAGUGGCAGCGCAGAGAGCUGCAGAGUCGCCUCAAAGCUCUGCAGAGGGUCAGUAACACCACCGUCAGGAAACUGGAGACCAGAGAGGCCGCAGGUAGAGCUCGAGCUCUGCUGGAGAAGAACGGCAUCAAGGACCUGCUGGUGGACUCAGUGGAGACGGACUCUCUGUCGGUUGUGAUGAAAACGGUGAACCAGCUGAGCUCCAUCUCGCCUCUCAGUCAUGUGAUGCUGCUCGCUCACCAGAGGCAUUCUGGGAAGGUUCUGUGUGCCUGUCAGGUUCCCAAGGGUUCGACGUCUCUCCUGGCCUCUGAUUGGGCGGUUGCAGUGUGUCGUUACCUCGGGGGGAGCGCUGGGGGCUCAGCGCUGGUUGCCAAGGGAACAGGAAGUAGCAGUGACAUCAUAGAGGCUAUGAGGUGGGCGGAGGAGUUUGCACGCCAGAAAACACAGCGAUGAUGUCAGAAAGAGGGAUGACGAUGGAGGCUGGGACACGGGGUCACAGUGGACCAUAAACAGCUCCGCCCACAGCUGCAGUCGCUCUCUUCUCAUUGGACAACAGGCUCAGGUGUGAAUUUAUCAUUUAAAUGGAAAGUUUAUAAAUUUCUUUGUUUUAAAAGAAAUAAAAACGUGCACUCACACUGCUU